AUGUGCCGCGGCGCCGCUCUGGCCGCCACCGGCGCGGCGCGCUCGCACGCACGGGCUGGCGCGCACAUGGCCCGGCCGGGUGGGCGGCGGCAGGCGCGCCUGGCCCGGCACCCCCUGGGUCUCCGGGCCGACCCCAGACCCCUGUGUGCGUCAAGGAGUGAGUUAAGGGAAGCGCUCCUGCCCGGGGGGCCGGACCAUCCGUCUGCAGAGGGAGACCCCAGAACAGCGCUUAGUGCUGAGAAGGUGCCUGACUCGGCACGCGGCGAGUGUCCCAGCCCGGGGCGUGGCAGCGGCGCCAAGCGGAAGAAAAAGCAGCGGCGGAACCGCACGACGUUCAACAGCAGCCAGUUACAGGCGCUGGAGCGCGUGUUCGAGCGCACGCACUACCCCGACGCCUUCGUGCGCGAGGAGCUCGCCCGGCGCGUCAACCUCAGCGAGGCGCGCGUCCAGGUCUGGUUUCAGAACCGCCGGGCCAAGUUCCGCCGAAACGAGCGGGCCAUGCUGGCCAGCCGCUCGGCCUCGCUACUCAAGUCCUACAGCCAGGAGGCCGCCGUCGAGCAGCCCGUGGCUCCCCGGCCCACUGCCCUGAGUCCUGACUAUCUCUCCUGGACAGCCUCGUCCCCCUACAGCACAGUGCCACCCUACAGCCCUGGAGGCUCAGGGCCCACGACCCCGGGGGUCAACAUGGCCAACAGCAUUGCCAGCCUGCGUCUCAAGGCCAAGGAGUUCAGCCUGCACCACAGCCAGGUGCCCACGGUGAACUGACGGCCGGCCCCGCCAGGACCCAGCUGCCCCCUGGCCUCACAGCAAUGACAAAGAGGGCAGACACGCAGGAAAGUGACCUUCUUCUGGCCCCCGCCCCCAGGACAGGCUGGGUGGGCUCUCCUGGCCCCUCUCUCCGGCCCGGACUCCUGGGCCUCGAGAAGCUGCUGAGAUGCCUGGAGCCCAGCUCAGCCCCUGUCCACGGCCACUGGAGACUUCGGCCCGUGACCCCUGCAGGGGUUGGGCUGGAAGGUGGAGCAGGAGCUCGCCGAGGACAUCACUUACUUUGUGUAUUAAAACCAAAAAGCUUUGUCUUUAAAAAAUAAAAAAUUUUUUAAGCCCCAAAAGGUUGUGGGAGGGCAGCUAAGGGCAGCAAACCGAUUACAGGCCAUGGCACGGCCAGCUGCCCUCCUCUCUGUGCCUUCCUCGAAAUGUAGUCCUCGGUCACCCUGCAGAGCUCAGGGGCGGGGAU